GACCGCACGGGUAGGCGGUUUGAUUCCGGACCUAUUAUUGUGUUAUAUAUGACAAACCUGUGUAUACGAGUGAAUAAUGGAAAAUUGAUCAAUUUACUUGAGGCAAAAGAAACAUUUAUUUGUAAUCUCUCCAUUUGUGCGAAGAAUAUAUUAAUAAACUCUUUAAACAAUUAAAAUUCAUAAACUAACCAAAGUGAUUGUACCUGAACAAUGCAGUGAGUGUUUUAGUGAUUUUUUUCAAUAAAAUAGAGUCUAGCGACAUCUUUAUAAUAUUAUGUGACCAUGGGCUGCGGAUCAUCCGGCAACGUGGUGCCAGUGGAGGCCAAUGGCACCGCGAAUGGCAACAGCAAAGCCAAUGGUGCCAAUGGGCACCAUGACGACGGGUUGCCGACGGUGGUCCUGCCAGAGACUCCGGUGAAACCGAAGCCUCCAAUCGCCUUCGAAAUCCCUUUGGAAGAGUUCGAUGCACAUCAACGGACAGAGACACCCCCACCGCACCUCCAGCGUCUCUUGCAGCCGCCUCAGCAAGAGAUCAGUCUGCCGGAUAUAGAAGAAAAACUGGCUGAAGCUGAGCAGAGGAGACAACAGAUUUUGCAACAAAGGGCGGCAUCUGCUCAAAAAAAGGCACAGAGAAUGACCAGAUCAUUCAAAGAAAUGGAUGGACUCGACUCAGAACAUGAAAUUAUGGAUUCCAUCAAACAUGCGUCGAACACGUUGACCAUCCCACCCGAUCCAGGACUGGUUGAAGACAAAAAUAUAUCAUAAGUCAUUAUAAUAAGAUCUUGCUAUAUUACAAUUUAAUUAAUUGUUACUUGUGUUUAACGCAGUACAACAAAAUAUAAAGGACCGUAUACACGGCGCAAGACCUCGCAUGCUAGUUUUACUAUUUUAUUAAUGUACUUACUGAAUUGUGUGUAGUUAUGUAACCUCAUCAGCAACAGUCUGCAAUGUAACUAAUAUCGCAUGCGAGUUUUGCGAACCGUCUAAUUUAAGCCCUAAAAUACGAGAAUGCUAUGACAGUCUUAAGUCAGUCUAAUUGGGAUUCCAUUAAAUGGGAUGUAAUGUCAAUAGCCCGCAAUCUAUCUAUAAUCACAUGCGAGUUCGCGCAAAAUCGAAAUGUACAAGAAAUACAGUAGUUACAAAAAUUUACAUUAAAUUGAUUACCAGUGUUUGCAAAAUCAGUUGCAGCUUUUUGGCUAAUGUAUUCAUUAAAGGGUUAAAAAACUUAAAAAGUAUUGUCAAAAAUUCAAAACACAGCGAAACAUUUAAAUUCAAAGAAAACUCACGGAAUAAAAUUAGAUUACAAAUCUCGGCGGUCAUGACUGGACAUUAAUUAAUACCAUCAUUUAAAUAUAUUUAUUAAAAUUUCAUUUCUUUUUCGGACAUUGUUUUGAAAAGGUGUUUGGGGUUUUGACGGUACCUAAUUAGUUUAAGGUUUAAAUUUUUUUUUCGGUAAAAAGAAAUAUAGGUGCGAAUAUUAUGGGACCAAAACUGACUCGUAGUAAAAGAUUCCUUCGGAAACUCACAAUUUUACAUAAACUCAUUUCCUUUUUAAUUACUCAUCUUAAAUCUAUUAUAAUUAAUUUCUACAUUUGCUACAUUUAGAGGUACAAUCCGACCGGACCAGAUCACCGGAUCAGACGACCGCCUGACUGCUACGCCGCGGUCCCGGGUUCGAAUCCCGGUAAGGGCAUUUAUUUGUGUGAUGAGCACAGAUAUUUGU